AGAGCCUCGAAAGGCGGAAGUGACGUAUGGAAGCGGAAAUGGCGCCUCCGACAGCGGAGGAGCUGCGGGAGCGGCUCCGCGAGCGGCUGCAAGCGGAGCACGUGGAGGUGCAGGACAACCCCCAGCUCUGCCCCGGCAGUUUCCGCGUUUUCGUCGUUUCCGGAAAAUUCCGCGGCCUCAAAACCCUGCAGAGGCACCGACUCGUUAACGAGGCGCUGGGGGAGGAGCUUGGCCGGAUCCACGCCCUGGAGCAGAAAACGCUGACGCCGGAGCAGUGGGAGGAGCAACAGCGCCCCUCAUUAGCAUAAAUCUGCAUAUUUAAUUACCAUUCGUUAAUUAGCCACACCCACUUAAUGAAUUGGAUGGAGAAAUUGUGCCUAAUUUGCAUAAAUGUGCAUAAAAUAAAUAAUUAACGAUG